AUGUCUACCAAAGUUCAUGUCGAGAUUCCAAUGCAUACUACCAGUGCUAGGCCACGUCUCGUUCGUGCGAAUGCUCCGGUCCGUGGGACAGAAAAGAUAGUAGCCGAGCCUGCGAAUGAGAUUGAUAGCCCACCGCGCGUCCCCGUACAAUCCCAUGCCUCAUCUUACCAUAGGCCUCCAGAACAGGAACGCGAACCAGACGUUGAAACAAGUUCCUUGUUUCAUGGCUCUCCACUCAGAGACACGUCCACCGAUGAUGAUCAAAACCAAACUCCCAAGGAGAAAAAGUCCAACGCGACUAGCGUGCUCAUAUCCCGGGCAUCUGCCGAAACGCAGUGGCCAGCUAUAGCUAAGAGACUCGGGUACAAAGCGCGCCGGCCAGGGGAGAACUGGAAGGAAUAUCAAGAAAGAUCUCUUCAGAAUCUGAGUUCUGCCCUUCUCAAGGGAUCCGAGCAGCACCAGGAGAUCGCUUGA